CUCACAGUUGUCCUUGGUCCUGAGGGCCCGCCUUGAUGAGAUCUACACGGGGGUUUAAGAUUUGCUAACGUUCACUGGCUAGAUCAUGAAGGCCUUCAGCACCACCCUCCCGAUCGCCGUGCUGGCCCUAGCUCCGAAGGUCUCGGCUCUGUUUCAGCUCGAGGUCGAGUACAGCGACCUCAUGGUCCCUGUCGGCAACGUCAACCUGUUCCACGCUGUGUGGGAGGUACUUUACACCCAGUCUGACCAAUACGGCGGGCUGUCGGAUCUCACCUACCCGGCCUACACAACUAAGUGCGGUGACCAUGGGGCGGACCCCGAUCUCAGUGUGACCAUCCAGCUGGAUGGUCAAUGGGGUAACGUUGACAACAUCUCUGGGUGGACGAUGAGGGAUGCCCUGGUCCAGGCCGCAUGGAAGACGGUGGACGAGCUAUCCAAACCGACAGGAUACGAUGUUUACACCGAAUGCUGGGGCACCACGUGGCAGGAGGGGAUCCCAUAUGACAACAACGCACCGUGCGGGGCACCGAAUAAGCCGAGAUGCCUCUGCGACAUAAUUUCGGCUCAGUGCCUUAAUCAUUCGUGGGGACACCAGAUCCCUUCGAAGGUGAAGGUGCAGACGUACGAUAAUAAUGGAGUGCUUCUUCCCGACAAUUAUGUGAUGACUUUUUCAUCCAGUUCCAGUCCGGCAGGGGGUGGAUGCGGCAAGUACGGAGCGAUAGCUGAGGUACUCGCAAGCUUCGUGCCAGGGGUAGGUCCCUUUUUUGAAAAGGGAAUCAAAAUCGCCUGCAGGCAGUAGAAAGUCGGAGGAUAGGAGACUCUGAGUCGCAGAUUGCUGAAUGGACUACUGAGCGACAUACGGGGAGACAGCUGCCGGACUAAAACCUUUCCUUUUGUUCCUGUUGGUAGAGGAGGACUUUGUGCUUCAUCGCUUUAGGGCCAUUAUAACUCAGAAAUUGAAGGCUAGAAGUACUCAUAUUGAUAUGAAAAAUAAAAGUU